AUGUCUUCUACUGUCGCCGCUACCAACGCCGUUGCCACCUCUGGCGCCUCUGGCGUUCGUCUUCUUGAUCUCGAUGGCCGCAAGCGGGUCCUGCUCAAGAAGCUCCUCGUCUUCGGACCACCGGGCUCUGGCAUCGAUGUCGUCGCCGAUGGCCUAAAGAAGCUUGGGUUCAAGGUCUACGACGCCGCUGAGGCCGCUAAGCACUUCGAGCGCGAUAUCCCGCUCUGGCUAGAGGCUGCCAAGCUCAAGAAGACCGACAAAGCCUACAAGGGAUACGACUUCGACAAGCUUAUUGGCGAGUAUGACGCUAUUGUCGGCGGUCCGGCCAACUUCUUCGUCGAGGAGCUUCUCAAGGCUUUCUCGUAUGCCAAAGUCAUCAUGGUCACCCACACCCCCGAGUUCACCAUCGCCAUGAAGUUUCGUGGCUACUUGGCCUUAUCGUACGUCGACCAGGAGAUCUUCGGCAAGCUCUCCCCAUUCCUAGCCUUGGCCAACGAGUCUCUCGAUCAAGAGAAGAUCCGCACUGCUGUCCGAGAGAAGAAUCUUCUGGAGAUCGACUCCCAGCUUGAGUCCUGGAAGUCGAUCUGCGAAUUCCUAGAGAAGUCGCCUAUUCUCAGCGACCCCAUCCCCGAGAUUGACGAAGCCCUUAUCUUCACCCUCUUGGCUGCUCACGGCGCCCGCGUCCUCUCGGACGUCGCCAAGAAGUUGGCACUCUUUCUCAUCUACUGCUCCAUGGCCUCUGCGACUGCCGUUGCAGGAUUCCUCUUCGGUUAUUCCAUCGCCGACUACAACAUCGGUCCAUCAUUUCUCAUGAGCUUGAGCGUUCUCGGCCUCUUCGUUGCCUACCUCGUCGUUGGUCCCAAGACCCUGAAGAAGCCUGAAGGCCAGCCAGAGCCAGAGUCAGAGCCAAAGCCAAAGCCGGUCGUCGAAGCCAUCCCCGCCCAGAAGCCAGCUGGUCCUGUCGCACCUGCUCGCCCUGUUGCUCAGCAGAACCCCAGGACCAACCAGCAGCGAGACUCACGACGCAACUUCAACUACAACAGCAACAACGGCCGAAACAACAACGGUCGAAACAACAAUCGCCAGUACAAUCGCCAGCAGCAGCAGCAGCGUCAGCAGCAAGUCCGUGGACGCCAGAACCAACACAACCGCACGCAGUCAACGCCGGUCGUUGCUGCACCCCGUUCGGUCCUUCCUGCCCCGCGUCCAGCCAUUGCCGGCGGCUGGUCCAACUUCAAGCAGACCAUCAAUGGCAACGAUCACGUCCUUCACCACGAGGCUCUUGCCCACGCUCAGGCUACCCGAGGCAAUGCUCUCGAUCUCCAGACGCGCAUGGUCCUUCGUGGUCAGAGCUAG